AUGGAGAGCUUGAUAGGGUUAGUAAAUAGAAUCCAGAGAGCUUGUACAGUUCUCGGAGACUACGGUGGCGGUGAUAACGCCUUCUCUUCCCUUUGGGAAGCUCUUCCCACUGUUGCCGUCGUUGGGGGACAGAGUUCAGGAAAAUCUUCGGUGCUGGAAAGCAUUGUCGGUCGAGACUUUCUUCCCAGAGGAUCAGGGAUUGUGACAAGGAGGCCUCUGGUACUGCAGCUACAUAAGACUGAGGAUGGAUCACAAGAGUAUGCUGAAUUUCUUCAUCUCCCGAAACGACGAUUCACUGAUUUUUCUGUGGUGCGAAAGGAAAUUCAGGAUGAAACUGAUAGAAUUACAGGGAAAACCAAACAGAUUUCUCCUGUUCCUAUCCAUCUCAGCAUCUACUCUCCAAAUGUCGUCAACUUAACCCUGAUUGAUUUACCUGGUUUAACAAAAGUUGCUAUUGAGGGACAGCCUGAAAGUAUUGUUCAAGAUAUCGAGGCCAUGGUUCGCACUUAUGUUGAGAAGCCAAAUUGUAUUAUACUUGCAAUAUCUCCAGCCAAUCAAGAUAUAGCAACUUCAGAUGCUAUCAAGCUUGCUAGAGAAGUGGAUCCCACUGGUGAACGGACCUUUGGGGUGCUGACUAAGUUGGAUUUGAUGGACAAAGGGACCAAUGCAUUAGAUGUUCUUGAAGGAAGAUCUUAUCGGCUGCAGCAUCCUUGGGUUGGAAUUGUGAACCGAUCCCAAGCCGACAUUAAUAAGAAUAUUGACAUGAUUGUGGCAAGGCGCAAGGAGCGUGAGUACUUUGCAACUAGUCCUGAUUAUGGGCAUUUAUCCAAUAAAAUGGGUUCAGAAUAUCUUGCAAAACUUCUCUCAAAGCACUUGGAGUCUGUAAUCAGGGCUCGUAUACCAAGUAUCACAUCCUUGAUUAACAAAAGCAUUGAUGAACUCGAAUCAGAGAUGGACCAUCUGGGUAGGCCUAUUGCUGUGGAUGCAGGGGCUCAAUUAUACACCAUCUUGGAACUUUGCCGUGCAUUUGACAAGGUAUUCAAGGAGCAUCUGGAUGGAGGGCGACCUGGUGGUGAUCGGAUUUAUGGAGUUUUUGAUAAUCAGCUCCCUGCUGCUCUGAGGAAGCUGCCAUUUGAUCGGCAUCUCUCUCAGCAGAAUGUAAGGAGGGUGGUUUCAGAGGCAGAUGGUUAUCAGCCACAUCUGAUUGCUCCAGAGCAAGGUUACCGUCGUCUAAUUGAGAGCUCACUGAAUUAUUUUAGGGGCCCAGCAGAAGCCUCUGCGGACGCUGUUCACUUUGUCUUAAAAGAGCUUGUCAGAAAGUCAAUUGCAGAAACUCAGGAAUUGAGGCGUUUUCCUUCUCUGCAAGCUGAAUUAGCUGCUGCUGCUAACGAGGCCUUGGAGAGGUUCCGAAAUGAUAGUAAGAAGACAGUUCUUCGAUUAGUGGAUAUGGAAUCUUCAUAUUUGACUGUGGAUUUCUUUCGAAGGCUUCCUCAGGAAGUGGAUAAUAAAGGAGGAAAUCCAGCUUCCUCAACCGUGGAUCGAUAUACAGAGAUGCACUUCAGGAGGAUUGGGUCAAACGUGUCCUCUUAUGUUGGUAUGGUGUCGGAGACACUAAAGAACACAAUUCCUAAGGCUGUGGUGCAUUGCCAAGUUAGAGAAGCCAAGCAAUCACUGCUAAAUUACUUCUACACACAAAUUGGGAAGAAAGAGGGUAAGCAGCUUUCACAGUUAUUAGAUGAAGACCCUGCACUGAUGGAAAGAAGACUAGAGUGUGCAAAAAGGCUUGAACUAUACAAAGCAGCUAGGGAUGAGAUUGAUUCGGUAUCAUGGGCUCGAUAA